CUUGAGUCUGGCAUGUUACACAGCUGGCCGCUAUAAGGCUUGUCUGCGCGCGCAUCCUUCAAUGGCGAUCGCGAGUCGUGUGAAUUCAUUCGUGUGCAGUGCUGGUGGUCCCACGGCUAUCUUCGCGGAUAAUCGUUUAUCCGAGAGACCGGGUGCACGGUCGGCGAGCGCGACGACAAGGGUCGAGCUGGAUUUUCAUCAAAAGCGUACAGCAUAUAGCCGGCAAGACGAAGCUCAAAAUGCCACUGAGCACAAGUUCGAAGAAGUCAUUAUGCAUACUGCCUGAAGAUGUUAUUCACGAGAGAAAAGUACGUUAGAGCAAUCAUGCUGCCCUCACACCAUUGGAAGAUAUGUCUUCAGGACGAGGGCAGGCAGGUGGAGGGCCUCCUCAGAACUGUCAAAAGGUUUUUAUACAACGUGACUAUAGCGAAGGAACGAUGGUUAAAUUUCAAACGCGAUUUCCGACAGAAUUGGAAAGUAGAUUGGACAGACAGUUGUUCGAGUACACAAUCAAUCAGUUGAACAACUAUUUCGCGGAAGCGGAGCGUGCCAGCUGUUCCACCUACUGCGAGAGCUGCCUAUACUGUCUCACGGGUUAUCUGAUGAGCAUAUGUACCGAGACACAUUAUGAGAAAAGUCUGCGCAAAAUCGCCAAAUUUGUCAGCGAGCAGAAUGAUCGAGUAUAUAAGCCGCGUGGCCUCCUGCUGACAGAUCCAACGACCCGCGGAUUUAGGCUAAUAGAGAUCUCGGUACUAGAUAGACCUGCGUCGUGACUGCAUAUUAGCCGAUCCAGGGAGUUCUUCAUGUGACCCCCCGCGCAGCACUCUGGACAUUACCUCGUCAGAAUCACGGACAUGCACGCGCUCGUGAGUGCCUGUCGGCACGAUUACGGGGCAUACCGGUUGGUUUGAAUCGGUUGCGCAGUGUGCGGGAAUCCUGCGAGGCUAGAAAGAAUUAAAGAUGAUAUCUUGUAGGUCGCAGGUCGCUCAGGUGCAUCUUGUACGAUUAAUCUUGCCGAAUACGUGCGCAAUGAGCAGAAACUCUCUUGCUAUAGGGUCGAACUUAGUCAUACUUAGUCCUAAAAAGUAAAAUAUCGUAAUAACGAUAAAAUACGUGUGCGAAAACCCGUAGGACGGAGAUAUGCAGGAGUGAUUUGUGGAGAUUUCAUUGUCGUCAUAGAUUUACCUAUCAAUCUAAUUAGAAUAACAAGCUUACACAAAGUUGGCCUAAUUGUGACGAGAGAGUCUCGCGUUCAUUGGCGUUCGUGGUGUCUCGAUCCUAAACGGCAACUUCUCGAGGGAGAGAGAAAGCGUGCAUCGAAGCGCGUGGAUGUAUAACGAAGCCGUGGCACUUAUAUAAGUUCAAUUUUCUAUAUGCGUACAGAACAUGUAACAUACGAAAGUAUAUAUGAAGUGUAUGUGGCGAAUCAAAGAUUGGAGAAGGAAAAAGUAAUCUUGUUGUUGAACAACCGAAUUGUUUAUCGCAAGCCGCUACUUUGAUUCGUCAUGUAUACGACGGGGUCUACAUAUUUUUUUACUGUUCAUUUAUGACUUUAUCGUAUCAUCUGCAUUUAAUUAACGAGACGUGAAUGAAAUGCGUGUUUGCGUGAAUUAUUUAACGAAAAGAUAGCAUUUUAAUGUCUAUGGUGCGUGUGUUUUGUUCAUUCCACCGAAAAACCUAACCGAAAACUUUAAUGAGUUCCAUUAUCGAUGAACGCUCAAACGAAUGAUUCCGAAUUCUUCUCAUCUUCCGCGAUGUAUCUUCCAUUGUGCUUAUGUAUCCGCGUGCAAAAAAACAUAAGUCAUUUCGCAUACUUACGUACAUAUAUCGGUUGUGGUGUUUCGGCGCGAAUGGAUAUCUCUCGACAACAGAAGAAAAUAGAAUUUGAUCGAAAUUAAACAAACACUCGUUGUGUUAUUAAGGAGGAUUGGCUAAAAAAAAAAUUGCAUAAAAAAUUGCGCGGUGAUAUAAAAAGUAGAUUAUGAAUUCAAAUCGAUUGGCAUUGUGAUCAAGGAUAAGCCGAAACCAUUUGCGAUGUAGCGCGAGAUAUUUUGCACGUCACUUUAGUCCACUCUCUUAGUGGAAACUGAACGCCCGUUGGCUAUCGUCGCCGAUCUCCAUAUGCGAGUCCUCGAGAUCCGCUCGCGAUAUACUAUUUUCGCUACUCUGUUAAUUAGUUGUAAAUGAUGAUCUCAAACGAUACAACGAUGCAACACCAUAUCUAUAUAUUUAUUUUCUCUUAUUCGCACUUUGGGAGCCUAAAGUGUCGCAACAAGUGCCGUCAGGAACAACAUAUUUUUCUUUGCAGCAUUACUUGAUCAAGCAUUGAUAUUGAUCGUCGAAUCAAAUUUAGAUUGCGAUUCUCGAUUUAUGAUAUACUUAUCGCGGUAUCGCAUACAAAUGGCGAACAAUUUCUCUUGUUCUUGAUCACAAUGCUCGCGGAGCGCCUAUCUGACGUUGUAAUGCGACGUAUUACUAAAAGAAUCUUGCCAAAUCAGCGUGUCACUGCCUCGGCGUACGAUUCCUAGCGAAUGAGCGUAUAGAAGAAAAAACGUACGAGCCAGAAAUCAUCAGAGAGAGAGAGAGAGAGAGAGAGAGAGAGAGAGAGAGAGAGAGAGAGAGAGAGAGAGAGAGAGAGAGUGAGAUGACUGAAGGAGACCCGCCGAUUUUUCCAAACGAAAGAAAAACGAUUUCUGAUACAGAAAGCGACAUAAUGGAAAAUUUUUCUUUUUAUUGCCCAAUUCUUUUAUACGUCGCAAUAUCACGUACAUGGUGCUCUGACUACAUGCAACAUAUGUAUAUGUUUGCAUAUAAUGUAUAUAUAGCGAAUUAAUCAUCGACACAUGAAGUAUAAAAGAAAAGGAAGCAAAUCGUUGUUUAUACUUAAUUUAAUUUAGUAGGACCAAUAUUGGAUUGAUGAGAGAUCCGUAAAAUGUAAAGGACACCAUCGUGUUACGAGUGUAAUUUCUAAAUGUUUUAAUAAUUAAAACGGCGUAAGAGCUCAUA